CUUCGCUCCUGAUGGCGUGAUCUUCUGGAACACACUCGAGGAUGCCCGAAUCUCGGAGACUAUCGCAUAUUAUGACACAGCGGCGAUUAGCAAGCUUUGAUCAGCUAGUUGGUAAGCGAAAUUUUCCAGGCGCGCAGCAGUAAUAAAUACUCGUUGGUGUGCGCGUCUUUCAAUUUGAUAGCAAGAUUGUAUUGUCACCAAUCAACCUUGCGCCUGUCUCAUCUCCGUCUCAUCGCCGAGCCUUGUGCUUUACACUCUUCACGUUGCAUUUCUUGCGCGUUCUCAAGCCUCAAUUACAAAAUCGAAACCCCUUUCCCCAAUUACAAAGACCAUGGCUCCCACCAUUGUCCUCAUAACCGGUGCCAACCGCGGCAUUGGAAAGGGAAUCCUGGAGCGGUACCUCCAGAAGCCUAAUCACACUGUGAUCGCUGCAAACCGCGAUCCUAGCCACCCGACUUCGAAGGAGUUAGAGUCCCUACCCAAAUCUGAAGGCACCACUUUGCAUAUUGUCAAGAUCGAUGCCCUCUCUCCUACCGACCAGGUUGCCGCCGUGCAGGAGCUGGCCGCCAAGGGGAUCAACCACAUCGACAUCCUUAUCGCCAAUUCUGGUAUCGCUCUCACCUGGCCCAAGGUUGCGGAAGUCAAGGUAGACGAAAUUCAGCAGCAUGUCGAUGUCAACCUCUACGGUUUCAUUCGGCUCUACCAGGCCUUCCGACCGGUUCUCAAGGAGGCCAAGGAGCCCAAGUGGGUGACUAUUGGGUCGGGUUCCGCAUUCCUGGCUAACUACAUCCCAAUGCAAAAUGCUGCAUACGCCCCCACCAAACUCGUUCAGCACUGGUAUACCAAAGCAAUCUCUGCGGAAGAUCCUUGGCUGAACGCCUUCCCUGUGGACCCUGGCUGGGUCCAGACCGCCAUUGGCAACCGAGGUGCUGAUUACUUUGGAUUUGAGAAGGCCGCUCUUACCAUCGAUGAGAGCUGUACAGGUGUUGUUAAGCUGAUUGACGCCUCUACGCUGAAGACCCACAGUGGAAAGCUGUUCAAGCACGACGGCAGCCAAGAGCCCUGGUAAAGCUCCUAUGAUUCUCUUGUCUCCCACAAUGGGGAUCGGGGAGAAAGGGAGGGGCGUGAAAUGAAGUGAUGACAAUAGAGCAGAUCUUCCUAGACAAUAUUAAUCUUAACGUUCAACGAAAAGAGCUUCCGCCGUUUGCAGGGCGUUUGUGGCCUAGGUCUUGAUCUAACGCUAGCAUGCCAGAUUGUAACCUUGCUUUUUAUCAC